UAACUCUUUCUCACUAAAGCUUGACUCGGUCGGAAGUCCCUCCACGGGAUUAAUAUUAUCUAGAGAGACUAGGAGGGAGUCAAUCCGACCGAGAAAGUCUCCGGCGGUGCACCCUUCGAUCGGCCUGUCUUUUAAGUAUCUUCCCCACACUUCAGCCUUACCAUCUGAGCUGAGUACAACAGCUUGGCCCAUAUCGCAGCUGGAAACUCUCCAGCCCUUCUUCCAAGUAAUUUCUUUCGCCCGGCGAACCUUCUAGCAGUGCCAGCUUGGUUGCUCCCGCAGUUCAAUGGCCAACGAAGGCCCCCCAGCGCAGCAGCGAGAUCCCGUCCCGCAUCCUAUCCAGGGCGCUUUGAUCGACGACGGACACUCUAGAGUUCCAAAGCCUAUCCGAUAUGCUUCGACUCCCUCGUAUGAGAGCCAUCGACGACCACGUCGCGCCAACCCUUCAAUUCCACGCCGUGUAAAGGAAACUCUCGAUGCCCACACGGAGUAUACCACCAGCCAAGAUGAUGGCACAUCAGAACACCGUAUCAACCAGUACGUCAUUAAGCAGGAGAUUGGGAGGGGCUCUUUUGGGGCUGUUCACGUUGCGGUAGAUCAAUAUGGACAAGAAUAUGCAGUCAAAGAGUUCUCCAAGUCACGACUACGUAAAAGAGCGCAAUCCCAUGUCUUGCGAAGACCCCGUGGCCCUAGGCGCCCGAGGACGGACUUCAAUGAUGAACAGAGCAAGGAUCCUCUCUAUCUUAUCCGAGAAGAAAUCGCUAUUAUGAAGAAGCUACAUCACGAUAACCUUGUGGGCUUGAUAGAGGUGCUUGAUGACCCCACCCAAGAUUCUUUGUACAUGGUCAUGGAAAUGUGCAAAAAGGGAGUCAUCAUGAAGGUAGGGCUCGAGGAGAGAGCUGAUCCUUACGAUGACGAGCAUUGCCGCUGCUGGUUUCGCGAUCUCAUAUUAGGGAUUGAAUAUCUGCACGCUCAAGGCAUCGUCCAUCGGGACAUUAAACCGGAUAAUUGUCUUUUGACAGGUGACGAUGUGUUAAAGGUGGUCGACUUCGGGGUUUCAGAGAUGUUCGAGAAAGACUCCGAUAUGUAUACGGCGAAGUCAGCAGGCUCCCCCGCGUUCUUUCCCCCAGAGCUAUGUGUUGUGAAGCAUGGAGACGUUUCCGGCCGAGCAACAGAUAUCUGGUCAAUGGGUGUUACUCUGUUCUGUCUUCGAUAUGGGCGGCUGCCCUUUGAGAAGCAUAGCAUAUUUGAGCUCUAUGAGUCCAUUAGAAACGACGAGGUGGAUUGUGAGGGUGAAACCGACGAAAACUUUAAGCAUCUGGUGUCAAGGAUCUUAGAAAAGGACCCAAAGAAGAGAAUAAAGAUGCAAGAAUUACGAGAGCACCCGUGGGUCACAAAGAAUGGCACAGAUCCUCUUCCGUCAGAAGAAGAGAACACAGCCGGCGUAAUCGAGCCUCCGACGGAAGAGGAAAUGAACGAGGCUAUCACCAAGAAUAUUAACAACCUUUUUGUAGUUGUAAAAGCUGUUCAAAAAUUCAAACGCCUCCUUGACCCGACAAAGGAAGGACCACCAAUGCAGAGUAUUCUCGGUUCGGAAUUUGAAUCUCACUUUGUGCAGCCCCCUCUUUCGAUGGAGCCUGAAGAGGACCUUGAUAUACCCGGAAUGGAUUUCACCGGUGCCACCAAGGCCCAGAGCCUCGACACUUAUGACAGACCAUUGAAAGGACGUGAAUUGGUUGUACAGGGCUACCACCAGCAACCUCUUGUCUCUGAAAGGACGGAAUCACCGAAAGGGGUAGACCGUCCUAGCAUAUCCUCACGGCAAGGGUCUAACUUUGACGAGAACCGACCUUCUCAGGGUAUUAAAAGAAGAGCCCCAUGCAAUGGGGAAUAUCCAUUCGCGGAAAGCAUUUCUGGUGAACCGUCGGAAGAUAACCGCAGUAUCUCUGCCUCGCAAAUCUCUAGAGCUGGUACUCCCUCAACAAAACAAAGCAUGGAAGGUACUCGCGGCCACGCUCGGGACCCCCUGGAAGAAGGGCAUCCCUACUUGUUCAUUGGACCGUCGACAUUUUCAGGACAUAUAGAAGAGCAUGCGGAGCAAUCCCAGGGCGGUAUUAUUAUUCCAGUCCUCGGAAAGACGAAUACAUCCGACACUGGAUUUCCAAGUGACGACGUUCCGAUCGUCAGCGAAUCCCCUGGCGCAGCAGACAUUGAUAUAUACGAAACUGCCUAUAGGGAAGAAAUAGAGCGUAUUCGGAAACGCAGGCUCGCUCGAGAGGGCACUCACCCCAAAGUCUACCUCACCAGACGAGUUGAGGGUAAGAACGUUGAUCUUGGCGAACUAGCAGGGGCCGAAGCUAGCCAAGAUGCAGGCAUCGGUCGAAGACGGUCUAUUUUCCCGAGACCAGGGCUGAGCGCCAUAGCGACUCAACUUGGUUCGCAGCAAGGUGCGCAGCAGGAUGAUGAGCAAGCAGAGAAUUCGGCCGUGGAAAACGUCAUAUCGGCGGAGCCGGAGUCAGUUUAUGAAUCUCCCACUGCUGAGCCUGGAAUAUCUCCCGCAGACGCCAUCACACACCCUGAACCUGCAUUUAUGAGCACAAUACAAGAUAGGCGCAAGAACACACUGAAAUCCUUCCUUGCACGCAUGAGGGGGACUUGACGACCAGAUGAUCCAGAUCCCGGAAGCUCGCCACAUAGGUCGCGACGGUGAGACGUCUGAUCGAUCAGUUGGCAAGCAAUUAUCUGGGCUUUUUUCCGUUCC